UGUUGUGUGGCGGGCUGGUGGCUGCACGCUGCACCCGGUGUGUGUUUGUGUGUGGGGGAUAAUCCGCUGUAGUCUGUAGCCAUGGCCGAGGCCUCCGAAAAGCUGUACCGGGCUGAGUACGCGAAGAGCGGCCGGGCCUCCUGCAAGAAAUGCGGGGACAACAUCGGCAAGGAAUCCCUCCGGCUGGCCAUCAUGGUGCAGUCUCCAAUGUUCGAUGGGAAAGUACCCCACUGGCACCAUUACUCCUGCUUCUGGAAGCGUGCGCGAGUAUUAUCCCACGGGGAUAUUGAUGGUUUUACGGAGCUACGAUGGGACGAUCAGGAGAAAAUAAAGAAGGCGAUUGAAACCGGUGGGGCUCCAGCAGGGGCUGGAGAUGAAGCCAAAGGGGGCAAAGCAGACAUGACGUUGAAUGAUUUUGCAGCAGAAUAUGCAAAAUCCAACAGAAGCACGUGCAAGGGGUGCGAGCAGAAGAUAGAAAAGGGCCAAGUCAGAUUAUCCAAAAAGAGUGUGGAUGUGGAGAGGCCCCAGCUUGGCAUGAUCGAUCGAUGGUACCACCCAGACUGCUUCGUCAGCCGCCGAGAGGAGCUGGGCUUCCUGCCUUCAUACAACGCCAGCCAGAUGAAGGGUUUCAGCAUCCUCAGCGCAGAGGACAAAGAUAUCCUGAACAAGAAACUUCCAGCUGUAAAAGGCGAGGGAAAACGAAAAGGGGAUGAAGUUGAUGGUUCCGCUGCAUCCAAAAAGAAAGCAAAGAAAGAAAAGGAGAAGGAAUCCAAACUUGAAAAACAACUCAAGGAGCAGAGCGAACUUGUUUGGAACAUAAAGGAUGAACUGAAGAAGGUCUGUAGUACCAAUGACCUGAAGGAACUCCUUAUAGCCAACAAACAGCAGGUCCCUUCUGGAGAGACGAAUAUCCUGGAUAGAGUGGCGGACGGUAUGGCGUUUGGGUCACUGCUUCCCUGCGAGGAGUGCAACGGCCAGUAUGUUUUCAAAACUGAUGCCUACUAUUGCACAGGGGACAUCAGCGCAUGGACUAAAUGUGUUGCUAAAACACAGACCCCUAACAGAAAGGACUGGGUGAUACCAAAGGAAUUUCACGAAGUUCCCUAUCUGAAAAAAUUCAAGUUUAAAAGGCAGGACCGGGCCUUCCCUCUGUCGGUAUCCCCAGCGCCUGUGAGCACCCCAGUCCCUGCUAAAGUUGAACCUGUUCCCAUGGAAACUAUACCCGCAGGCAAACCACUGACCAACAUGAAGAUUCUGGUAGUUGGGAAACUGUCCAAGAACAAGGAUGAAAUAAAGUCAUUGGUCGAAGAACUUGGUGGGAAAAUCACUGGGUCGGCAAACAAGGCCACCUUCUGCGUUAGCACAGAGAAGGAAGUGGAGAAAAUGAACAAGAAGAUGGAAGAAGUGAAAGCAGCCAACGUGCGUGUUGUGAACGAGGAAGUCCUGAAGGAGCUGGAGUCUGGGAAGAGCGUGCAGGAGCUGCUGUCCCAGCACGGGAUUUCCACCUGGGGGGCUGAGAUUAAACAAGAAGCCGUACAAGAGCCACCUCCGAAGCCGAAAUCAAGCGGGGCCCCGGCUGCGAAGAGCGCAGGGAAAGUGAAGGAGGAACAGGGAAGCAGCAAAUCGGAGAAGAAAAUGAAGCUAACGGUUAAAGGUGGAGCCGCGGUGGAUCCAGAUUCUGGGCUUGAGAAUUCGUCUCAUGUUUUGGAAAAAAGUGGCAAAAUUUUCAGUGCUACCCUGGGACUUGUUGACAUUACCCGAGGAACAAAUUCUUAUUACAAACUGCAGCUUAUAGAGCAUGAUCGGGACGCCAGAUACUGGGUGUUCCGGUCUUGGGGCCGAGUAGGGACUGUUAUCGGCAGUAACAAGCUGGAGGAGAUGUCUUCAAAAGAAGAAGCCAUUGACCAUUUCCUCAAUCUGUACCAAGAAAAAACAGGCAAUGCUUGGCAUUCCACCAACUUCACCAAAUAUCCCAACAAGUUCUACCCGCUGGAAAUUGACUACGGGCAGGAGGAAGAUGUGGUGAAGAAACUUUCUGCUGGUGCUGGCACCAAAUCCAAGCUUCCUCAGCCGGUACAAGAGCUCAUCAAAAUGAUAUUUGAUGUGGAGAGCAUGAAGAAAGCCAUGGUGGAGUUUGAGAUUGAUCUUCAGAAGAUGCCGCUGGGGAAGCUUAGCAAGCGUCAGAUUCAGAGCGCAUACUCCAUCCUGAAUGAAGUACAGCAGGCUGUUUCAGACAGUUCCAGUGAAUCACGGUUACUGGAUCUCUCCAAUCGCUUCUACACGCUCAUUCCUCAUGAUUUUGGAAUGAAGAAACCACCUCUUCUGAAUAAUCUGGAAUACAUCCAGGCCAAGGUGCAGAUGCUGGAUAACCUGCUUGACAUUGAAGUAGCAUACAGCCUGCUGAGGGGAGGCGCAGAGGAUGGAGAGAAGGACCCCAUCGAUGUGAAAUAUGAGAAGAUUAAAACUGACAUUCAGGUUGUUGAUAAGGAUUCCGAAGAAGCCAGGAUAAUUGAGCAGUACGUGGAGAAUACCCAUGCGGAAACUCACAAUGCGUACAAACUGGAGAUCCUUGAUAUCUUUAAGAUUGAACGUGAAGGCGAGAAGCAGAGGUAUAAGCCUUUCAAACAGCUCCACAACCGCCAGCUCUUAUGGCACGGCUCCCGCACGACCAAUUUUGCCGGCAUCUUGUCUCAGGGUCUGCGCAUCGCACCGCCUGAAGCUCCUGUUACCGGUUACAUGUUCGGUAAAGGUAUCUAUUUCGCCGACAUGGUAUCAAAAAGUGCCAACUACUGUCAUACGAUGCCAAGUAACCCUGUCGGCUUGAUUUUGUUGGGUGAGGUGGCCCUUGGAAACAUGCAUGAACUGAAAGCUGCUGCCCACAUCACAAAAUUACCGAAGGGUAAACACAGCGUGAAAGGUUUAGGAAGGACUGCUCCUGACCCGUCUGCCACGGUUCAGCUUGAUGGCGUGGACGUCCCCCUGGGGAAAGGGGUUUCUGCACCGGUUAACGAUACUAGCCUGCUCUACAACGAAUACAUUGUUUAUGACAUCGCCCAAGUCAACCUGAAAUAUCUGCUGAAACUGAAGUUUAACUACAAAGGGGGGAUGAUGUGGUGAUCGCACGUCUUGUGCAUCUGUCUAUACUGUAGAUAUAUUAGAAGUGACCUAAUCGCUUGCAUUGCUUCAGACGCUGCCGCCUCUUUGCUGAUGUCACGAGAUACAAACUAUCCAACUUUUUUU